AUGAACAAUUACCACAAUUCUUACACCUUCUCCUUCUUCUUGGUACUAGUAGUGUUCAUUGUGCUUGGUCCGGCCACUUCAAUCGCCGUCACCGUCAGUACUUUGUCAUCAUCGGAAUCACUAACUAUCUCAAGCAAUAGAACACUUGUAUCACCGGGUGGAGUCUUCGAGCUUGGUUUCUUCAAACCCUCGGCGCGUUCGCGCUGGUACCUAGGGAUGUGGUAUAAGGAAGACGUUGAGAGAACCUACGUGUGGGUUGCCAACAGAGACAACCCUCUCUACAAUUCCAUCGGAACCCUCAAAAUCUCUGGAAACAGUCUUGCCCUGCUAGGUCAGUCUAAUAUCACUAUUUGGUCCACCAAUCUUCCUCGCGGGUUUGUUCCAAACGACGAGGCUGCUUGGGAGUUGAGACUAUAUGCCUCUGGCUGUAGGCGGACGAAGCAGCUUAGCUGUAGGACAGAUAAUCUGUUUUUCCAACUAAAUAGUAGGAAAUUGCCGGAUAUUACUAAGACGGCGACCUUGGAUCGUGGAAUCCAUGUGAAGGACGGUGUCUUAGAGAUUGCAGAUGUAUAG